UGAGUUUUUUUUUUUAUUUUUUCUAUUUCUUCUUUGGUUGCCCUACCUUUGUUUAUAUUGUUCCGGCCAUGUCGUCUUCCAAUGCUUAUGAAUUACCACCCCAAGUCAAGCUGUUGCAGCCGACUUCCCAGUUAAAGGGUCUCAUGACGAUCAUUCGGUCCAAGACCACAUCACGGGGUGAUUUCAUCUUUUAUGCUGAUCGUAUUAUUCGUUUGUUGGUCGAAGAAGGUUUGAAUCACCUGCCUGUCAUUGAUAAGGCUGUCGAUACACCCACGGGCGUUCAAUACAACGGUCUCGCUUUUGAAGGUCGCAUCUGUGGUGUUUCCAUUAUGCGUGCCGGUGAAGCCAUGGAACAAGGUCUGCGUGAUUGUUGCCGCAGUGUGAGAAUUGGCAAGAUUCUCAUCCAACGUGACGAAGAAACUCACCUUCCAAAGCUCUUCUAUGCCAAACUUCCCAAUGAUAUUGCUUCAAGAUACUGCUUGUUGUUGGAUCCUAUGCUUGCUACCGGUGGUUCUGCGAUGAAGGCGGUGGAAGUGUUAUUGGAUAACGGCGUUCCCGAAGAUCACAUCAUCUUCUUGAACUUGAUUGCCGCUCCGGAAGGCAUCAAUGCCUUUGUGCAGCGAUUCCCCAAGAUUAAAAUUGUCGCCGGUGAAGUCGAUGCGGGUCUCGACGAAAACAAGUACAUUGUUCCUGGAUGUGGCGACUUCGGUUGCAGAUACUUUGGCACCGAUGAUUAAGCAUAAUACCAAACCUAUCAUCAUUUACAAAUAAAAAUAAGCAAGCAAAUCACACUAAUAAGC